GUGGUAAUCAAGCAAGGAAAUGUUCUUCUAAAAACCAAGCUUGUGAUGCAGACUAUUGCCAGGAUACCUACCAACGUUAAAAAGUGGGAAGUGAAUGAAACCAGUGAAACACUAGAGUACACUUUAGGACUCUUAGGCCCGGGUGACUUCUUUGGGCACCAAGAGUUAUACACUGGUGAUAAGAGAUGGACCCAGGCUAAAUCAAUAGGUCUCAGAACUGAAAUCUGAUUCAUAAAAAUCAACUUAUUCCUGAAAUUCUUCAGCAAGUUUCAGGACAAAUAAAAUGUUACAGGAAAUUCAUCCCGAUAUUGACUUGACCAAGAUAAUGGAGGCAGUCCUGCAUAACAAAUCCUUAAUAAGGAAGAAUGCCAAAGCAAUCCUAGACGCUACGUAAGAUCUCCCAUAAUCUUUAGUAAAGGUAUCACAUUCUUCAGACACUAUAGAGGACCCACAGGGUAAGAUGAAAGGAUGGAGGAAAUAAGGCCAAGAAUUUAAGAGUCUCAGAUCCAGCAUUAAAUAAACAAGAAGCAAGGAUUAAGUUACUAGAGAGGAAUAAGAGAACAAUUGAAGUGCAAGAUCAUCGGAUAUACCAGAAGUUAUCAAAAGAAUACCCAAAAUUGACACUUGCCUAGGUCAGUCUUUCAUAAAGGAGUUU